UCGAACCUGUAUUCAGAGCUUAGUUCCUCAGCUGUUGAAAAAUAUCCGAUGUUAACACAUAUGCCUUUAUUUUGCUUUAUAAUUGCCGUGGAAAUCGGAGGCAAACAUUUUUAGAUGUUUGCCUAUCUUGAAUUCAAUUUAUUUCGCUUAAACUUACUUCGGCCUUCAGGAAAAGAGAAACCAGAAUUGCUCUGAUAAGCUAAUGGUGGCUGGUAACUGAAUUGGGGAGGGGAGGAGAAUAUGAAAGCAAAAUGAAUGUUAAACUAAUUGUUUUUAGUCAAACAUAGUUUAUGCAGUUUUUUCAGAUGUACAAUAAGUUUUUAAAAUUGCUAUCCCUCAAACUUUCAACAGGGACAUUCCACAAGCCUGAUUUUGUUUUACUUUAUUGAAUUGUUCUACUCAGAUUAUGAAUUUCUCCAAGCUGAACACAUAAACUACAGCCAUCACUUAAAAGGAUGUUGGGUUGUUUUUUCCACCAAAAUUAGGCCAUUUGCAGGAAAUUAGUAGUAGUUUCCCGAAAUAUUUUAUGGGCAGGUCCCAAUUUCCCAUGUUUUCUUAUACUAAAGUUGCUAUCAGCUGUAUUUAUUAUUUGCAAGUCCUAGUUCGCAUAAUCAGUUUAUUUUGACAGGUCUCAAAACUCAGGAGGAAAGGACUCCUCAUGGCAUUUUUUAAAAAAAUUUUUAGAAACCUUUUAGUGUCUUGGAUUUUUUCUCCUAGUUGUUUCAAUUAAGUUUUUAGAAAAGAGGAAGAAAAACACAGAGAAAUCCUUGCUUUAUAAUGUUUUUUUUAAGUGAAAGGAGAAAUAAAUGUGUUCUUGAAGCAUGCUAAUAUUGUAAAGUAUUAUCGUAUCCCAGCUCUUCCGAAGAGGAAGUGAUCACAAUUUUCUCAACUAACAACUCGUUUUAAACCAAAAUGUUUUAAGAUCAAUGCUUUCUUCUCCUUUAUUUUCCAGUCUACAAGCAAGACCAAGGAGAGUCCAUUCGAGGGCCUACGGUUGAAGAGAUGGCCACAAGUCCUCUUCCAGGCCCCAAUGACAUCCUGCUGGCUUCUCCAUCCAGCGCCUACCAGCCUGAUGCCCUGAGCCAGCCUCGGCCAAGUCACGCCAGCAUGAAGCCCAACCAGGUGGGCCAAGUAAUUCUCUACGGGAUCCCCAUAGUGUCAUUGGUGAUUGACGGGCAGGAGAGGCUGUGCUUGGCCCAGAUCUCCAACACUCUACUGAAGAACUUCAGCUAUAACGAGAUCCAUAACCGGCGGGUGGCCCUGGGCAUCACUUGUGUGCAAUGCACCCCAGUGCAAUUGGAGAUUCUGCGCCGGGCAGGAGCCAUGCCCAUUUCCUCUCGCCGAUGCGGUAUGAUCACCAAAAGGGAAGCAGAGCGCCUCUGCAAGUCUUUCCUGGGGGAAAACCGGCCGCCUAAGCUGCCAGAUAACUUUGCCUUCGACGUAUCCCAUGAGUGCGCCUGGGGCUGCAGGGGCAGCUUCAUCCCCGCACGUUACAACAGUUCUCGGGCCAAGUGCAUCAAGUGCAGCUAUUGCAACAUGUACUUUUCGCCCAACAAGUUCAUCUUUCACUCGCAUCGAACGCCAGAGGCCAAGUACACGCAGCCCGACGCCGCCAACUUCAACUCCUGGAGGCGCCAUCUCAAGCUCACAGACAAGAGCCCUCAGGACGAGUUGGUCUUCGCCUGGGAGGACGUCAAGGCCAUGUUCAAUGGAGGCAGCCGCAAGAGGGCCCUGCCCCAGCCCGGAUCGCAUCCAGCCUGCCACCCUCUCAGCUCGGUCAAAGCUGCUGCAGCGGCCGCAGCGGCCGCAGCGGCUGUGGCUGGGGGCGGAGGGCUGCUGGGGCCACACCUGCUCGGAGCACCGCCCCCGCCGCCUCCGCCGCCUCCCCUGGCCGAGCUGGCUGGUGGUCCGCACUCGCACCACAAGCGGCCCCGCUUCGACGACGAUGAGGACUCCCUGCAGGAGGCUGCGGUGGUGGCCGCAGCCAGCCUCUCGGCCGCUGCUGCCAGCCUCUCGGCCGCGGCCGCUGCAGGCAGUGCCGGGGUCGGCGUGGCUGGCGGAGGAGGAGGCGGAGCGGGAGGCGGUGGAGUAGGGGGCGUUGGGGCCGGAGGAGCCGGGGGGCCCGGGGGAGGCAGCAAAGGCCCCCGCAGCUAUCCUGUCAUUCCCGUGCCCAGUAAAGGCUCCUUCGGGGGAGUCCUGCAAAAGUUUCCUGGCUGCGGGGGCCUCUUCCCACACCCGUACACCUUCCCCGCCGCUGCCGCCUUCGGCCUGUGUCACAAGAAGGAGGACGGGGCCGCCGGGGCUGAGGCCCUGGGUGGAGGCGGAGGAGGGGCAGGCGGAGGUGCCGGUGGGGCCCAGAAAGCAGGGCUAUCGGGGCUUUUCUGGCCUGCGGGUCGCAAGGAUGCCUUCUACCCGCCCUUCUGCAUGUUCUGGCCACCCCGGACCCCCGGCGGGCUCCCCGUGCCCACCUAUCUACAGCCCCCUCCCCAGCCCCCGACCGCUCUCAGCUGCGCCCUGGGUGACAGUCCGGCCUUGCUGCGCCAGGCCUUCCUGGACUUGGCCGAACCAGGCGGUGCUGGAGGGGGAGGAGGAACGGGAGGAGGAGGUGGUAGCAACGGAGGCUCGAGCGCAGAAGCCCCUCCAGCUCCGGGGCAGCCACAGCCACCCACGGCUGCUAACGGCGCAAGCUCGGGGCAGCCUCCUCAGCCGUCGGGGGCAGCCGGCACGCGCGACGGUCUCUUCGAGUCACCCUCGGGCAGUGGAGACUGCAGCGCCGGAUCCACGCCUCCAGCUGAAGGAGUCGGAGGAACUGGCGGGGCCGGAGGAACUGGGGGCAGCCGAGUGCCAGCGCCUCAUCAUCCCCAUCUUCUUGAAGGCCCAGGAGGACGUAAGGCUGGAGGAGGAGCGGGCAGCGGCAGCAGCGGCGGGUACCACCACUCCAGCGCCUUCCGGCCAGUUGGGGGCAAGGACGACUCCGAGAGCUUGGCCAAGCUUCAUGGGGCCUCUGCCGGCGCGGGCGGGCAGCAUCAUCCGCACGCGCCGCACCACCACCACCACCAUCACCACCACCCGCACCACCACCACCACCAUCACCACCACCAUCAUCACCCGCAACCGCCCUCCCCAUUGCUGCUUCUGCAGCAGCAGCCCGAAGAGCCGGGGCCGGAGCGCCACCAUCCGGUCCCACCGCCUCCACCUCCGCCCCCGCCACCCCCUCCUCCACCGCCCCCACCGCCCCCACCUCAGCCCCACCACCGCCUCCUGUCCCCCGGGGGCACCAGCUGCAGCUACCCCAGUGAGGACAGCAGUGAGGACGAGGAUGAUGAAGAAGAGGAGCAGGAAGUGGAUGUGGAGGGCCACAAGCCCCCCGAAGGGGAGGAAGACGACGAAGGAGAGGAAGGCCGAGACCCCGAGGAGGACGACGAGGAGGAAGAGAGAGGAGGGGUGAUGCUUGGGGACCCCUUAGUCGGAGGCAGCCGUUACCUCCAAGGCCGAGGGCUAACAGAGAAGGGAGGCAGCCGGGACCGGCCAGCUGGCUCUUUCCCCCUAGUCCUUAACACCUCCAGGCUACAGCAGGACGAGGAGAAACUAGGAGACCACGGCAGUCCAGACCUGCAUCCUCCUCCUCCUCCUCCUCUUCCUCCUCCCCUUGCUACUCAGAAAGGAGGAAGCGGCAGCAGUAGCAGCAGUGGAGGCAGCAGCCCCAGCAGCCCAGUCCACCAUCCAUCACUGGAGGAGCAGCCCUCCUACAAAGAUAAUCAGAAAACUAAGGAAGGUAACCCAGUAAUUUUGCCUACAAAAGAAGACAACUUUUCAGAUAAGAACAAGGAGCAUAAUUUUUUCAUCACAGAUUCAGAACCUUCAGGAGGAGAUUUCUGGAGAGAAAGAGCAGGUGAACACACACAAGAAACAAAUUCACCGCAUUCACUCAAAAAGGAUGUAGAAAAUAUGGGAAAAGAAGAACUUCAGAAGGUUUUGUUUGAACAAAUAGACUUACGGAGGCGACUAGAACAAGAAUUCCAAGUGUUAAAAGGAAAUGCAUCUUUUCCAGUGUUCAAUAAUUUUCAGGAUCAGAUGAAAAGAGAACUAGCAUAUCGAGAAGAAAUGGUACAACAGUUACAAAUUAUCCCCUAUGCAGCCAGCUUGAUUAGGAAAGAGAAGCUUGGUACACAUCUCAGCAAGAGCUAAAAGGAACAUAGGAGCACCUGCAACCGUUCUCUUGUAUGAUACAACCUACCACUGAGCAACCUGACUUGUACACAGACUGAGAAUUGAAAGGGCUUGGGAAUAAAAUACAUAAUCAGGUUCACAUGAACCCAAGGACAAGUGACCUCAAAGCAUCAUGGACAACCAUGUAAAAUAGAAUGUAGCAGCCAUUUAUUAGGCGGGGGGAGGGAGGGGAAAACAAACAAGAUCAGUAAAUGCUUGUCACAGAUCUUUUGGUGGAACCAAAGUUUGAGUCUUGGUGUUUCUAGAAGGAGGACUGAACUUCAUAGAGUAUGGAAAAUGCUUUUAACCAAUUGUGUGGAUAAUCCAUGGAGGCAAUCCCUGGUCCUUUCAAUGCUGCAAACAAGGAGAGCAUCUACAAAAUUGUCUUUUACUUUUGAAUAAGUGAUUCUUGAAAGUAAAGAAAACACAAGACUUGUCCUAGGGGGUGAGAAUCAUAUUUUGGACAGAUGGGAAGGCAUCAGCAAAAUGUAUUGCUUUCAAUAGCAAAGUGGAUAUUCUAUCAAUUGGCCCCUUCUCCUCUGGUACUUUGCCUGCUGUAUGAAUUAAGAUUGUAUUCCUCUGGAAAUAUUUUACAAUUUAAUAUUGAGUGUAAUUAAGAAUAUAAUCACUGUUAUCAAAAAUGGUAUUUAAUGCUGUUGUAGUUU